GGUUUAGAUUCACGUUCCUCUGGCUGUCGAUUCACUCUACUAUGAUCGCACAUGACUUGAGGAACUCAACAGAGUUUACGAGACGUGUCACUCCUUUAAGAAACUAAACCGCCGCCUCUUCUCCCACGCUCUCGCCGAAGAUCGCAGACGGUUCGCUCCCUCUAGCGGCGGAGCUCGCCGCCGCUAGAGCGUCACAGCGCCGGUGUCCGUCCCCCCCCACAGUCACGGUUAAAGUUGUCUCUCCGCUCAAGGGAAAAAAAGAAGACGCGUGGAAGCAUUCAGGGGGGUACUCGCUUGUUUUCCCACCGCCGCUGCUUCUUCACUCGCGCUUUCUUUCUCCCGGAGAGAGAUGAGGCGGAAGGAGAAGAGGCUGCUGCAGUUCGCCGGGCUGCUCAUAGCGGCUCUAAUUUUCCUCCCCAACGUCGGGCUGUGGUCUCUGUACAAAGACCGAGUGUUCGACAACUCGCCCGACGCGGUGGACGGCCCGGGCGGCAUCCCCCCGAUACAGGGGGUCAACCGGUUGGCGAAGGACGCUCCGGUGGGACGCGCCGGCGUGCGGAGGAAAGACUGGCACGACUAUGAAGCAAUCAAACGAGACGCCUCCCGAUCCGGUAACGGCGAACAGGGGAAAGCGUUCCCGCUGACGGACUCUGACCAGGUGGACCAGGCCUACAGAGAGAACGGCUUCAACAUUUACGUCAGCGACCGGAUCUCCCUCAACCGCUCUCUGUCGGACAUCCGCCAUCCAAACUGUAAACUGAAGCUGUAUGAGGAGAAGCUGCCCAACACCAGCGUCAUCAUCCCGUUCCACAACGAGGGCUGGUCAUCGCUGCUGAGGACUGUUCACAGUGUGCUCAACCGCUCUCCCCCACAGCUCAUCGCCGAGGUCAUCCUGGUCGACGACUUCAGCGACAAAGAGCACCUCAAGGUGGCCCUCGAGGAGUACAUGGUGAGGUUGCCCAAGGUUCGCAUCCUGAGGACCAAGAAGAGGGAGGGGCUUAUCAGGACUCGCCUGCUGGGAGCCGGCGCCGCCAAAGGAGAAGUCAUCACCUUCCUGGACUCUCACUGUGAGUCCAACGUCAACUGGCUGCCUCCACUGCUGGACCGAAUCGCCCAGAACAGGAAGACGAUCGUGUGUCCGAUGAUCGACGUGAUCGACCACGACAACUUUGGCUACGAGACGCAGGCGGGGGACGCCAUGCGAGGGGCGUUCGACUGGGAAAUGUACUACAAGCGGAUACCCAUCCCUCCGGAGCUGCAGAAGGAUGACCCCAGCGAACCCUUCGAGUCACCGGUGAUGGCAGGUGGACUGUUUGCUGUGGACAGGAAGUGGUUCUGGGAGCUGGGAGGAUAUGACUCGGGGCUGGAGAUCUGGGGAGGAGAACAGUACGAGAUCUCCUUCAAGGUGUGGAUGUGUGGUGGCCGGAUGGAGGACAUCCCUUGCUCCAGGGUAGGACACAUCUACAGGAAGUACGUCCCCUACAAAGUUCCUGGUGGGGUCAGCCUGGCCAGGAACCUGAAGCGCGUGGCGGAGGUGUGGAUGGACGAGUACGCCGAAUACAUCUACCAGCGUCGGCCCGAGUACCGCCACCUGUCCGCGGGAGACAUGACGGCCCAGAAGGAGCUGAGGAACCAGCUCAACUGCAAGAACUUCAAGUGGUUUAUGAGCGAGGUGGCCUGGGAUCUGCCCAAACACUACCCACCGGUGGAGCCUCCUGCUGCCGCGUGGGGGGAGAUCCGUAACGUGGGCAGCAGCAUGUGCAUGGAGAGUAAACACUUUGUAUCAGGGAGUCCCAUCCGCCUGGAGAGCUGUGUGAAGGGCCGGGGCGAUGUGAGCUGGAGCCAUGGACAGGUGUUCACGUUCGGAUGGAGAGAGGACAUCCGGGUGGGCGACCCCAUGCACACUAAAAAAGUCUGUUUCGACGCCGUCUCCCACAACAGCCCGGUCACCCUGUACGACUGUCACGGCAUGAAGGGGAACCAGCUGUGGCGCUACAGAAAGGACAAGAGUCUGUUUCACUCCGUCAGCAUGAGCUGUAUCGACUGCAGCCCCAGCGAGCGGCGGGUCUUCAUGAACACGUGUGACCCCUCCUCCCCCAGCCAGCAGUGGCUGUUCGAGAGAACCAACGGCACCAUGCUGGAGCACUUCAACCGGGGCACCAACUGAGGCCCCGGCAGCAUCCAGAAAGAAACAGAGACUCUUGACGCACGCAGAUGUGGAGCUGCUGCUGCUGUAAACUCUGGUUCCCCGUUUACCCGACGCUGAGGUGACGGCUGUUUCUCUUUGGGAGGUGCUCAGACCCGAGGCGGGAUGGGAUACCGUGGGGGAAGUUGGUUAAACACCUGAGCUGGAGGAUAGACUGAGUUUCACUCUUGAUUGAUGGGUUUGUGUUUGAAGGUGGUUCUGUGUGUGAGAUGUAUAUGUUCUGACACGGCGGGUCUGUCUCACUUCCUGCUGCCGAUCGGUUAUCUGACAUUCCUCUCCUUUCUUUUCUCAUUCCGUUUUUUCUAUUUCAAAUUUUCUCGAGCUUUAUCUAUGGCCUUUCUUUCCCUCGCACAUUUUUUUUGUUGUACCUGUAUUUCCCCUCUCUGUCUCUCUACCUUUAUUCUCCACCUCUUUCCCCCUUCCCGUCUCUCCUGGUCCGACUCCGUCUGUGCGUCCGUCUCUAUCUGCCUGCAUGACUGCACCUUCUCCAUUCUCCCUCUCAAAUCCCCUUAUGUCUCUCCAGCUCUGACAACCUCCCUGGGGGAGGGUGGUGGUGGUGGUGGUGGGGGGAGCUCCUGCUGAGCCAAAGUCAUCCUGACACCUGCAUGAAGCCAGGCAGAACCACUCUGAAAAUCACCUGGUGAAUUGAUUCUCCUUUUUAACCCUCAUACACCACUGCCCCUCCCCCCCCCCCCCCUUUGGCUUGUAGUAGUCUGGUCUCUGCCCUUCGUCUCCCUGCGGGCCGAGCUGCUUUGAAUGUAGCAGGUGGAAGUUGACAAAGAAAAAUGCAGCCUCGCUCCUUUAUCCUCCGCUCUGUCCCUUUGCCCUCGCUGUAUUUAUCAAUGAGUCGUCUGCAGAUUUGUCACUGUGCCACGUUCUGCUUUCAUUCCUCAGAGGCGAGUGCUAUCUAACGCCCGGGUUUGCGUGGGCCAACUCUCGCUGGCCAUGGGCUUGUUUGUUGUUAUGGUGGGACUUGGGUGGGGUGGCGGGAGCUGCUGUCACACCUCUUAAGAGAUCCCCCCCCCUUCCUUCUUUCUGUGCACCCUUUGCUGCUCCCCACACGUCUCCGCCGAUCAGUCGCCGGAACGACCCCGUCGCAGACUGCCGAGCGCCGGGGUCACGUCACGGCGCCAAACAGCAGGCAGGACUGCAAACGGACGCCCGGAUGACUAGCUACGUGACUGGCAGGCCAGCUGAUUCACCGCCGAGCUGACACAUCACUUUAAAGUACAGUGCGAGUAGGGGGGAGGGGGAGACGAAUAGGAGAGUUACUCUGAA